AUGUCUACCGCAACGAUUGAAGGAGCAGCGUCGGGUGAGGCGGUAGUGGCCAAGCCCCUGGGCAUGCGGAAGAAUGGCAAGCAGUGGCACGCCCCGAAAAAGGCCUUCCGCCCAGGGUCUGGCUUGACAUCAUAUGAGAAGCGGGCAAAGGCAAGAGUGGAGCAAGCGGCAACAAAGGCAAAGGAAAGGGAGAUGAAGGAAGAAAAGGAGGCAGAGCGAAAGAGACGGAUACAAGCUCUUAAAGAGAAACGAGAAGCCAAGGCCGAGAAGGAACGAUACGAGCAGUUGGCGGCGAAGAUGCACAAGAAGAGACUAGAUCGGCUGAAACGCAAGGAGAAGCGCAACAAGCUGCUCAAUUCAUGA